AUGUCUGUCGGCGCAACCGCUGACCGGCCCUCUGCCUGGUGGAGGGCCGGUUCUUCAAUGACCAUGGCCGAGAUCGGGGCUCUAUGUCGCGGCUUCUUGCUGGGACUGAGCAAGUUGGAGGUCAAUGGCUUAGAGUCGUUUACUGAGCUGCUCGAUUCCAGGCGAGAUCCUACCACGAGGACACGCGGAUUGAUUACUGUUUCGAACCAUAUAAGCGUGAUGGAUGAUCCUCUUAUGUGGGGGGCGUUGCCCUUGAAAUAUCACUUUAAUCUACCCUCGUACAAUCGACGCUGGGGCUUUGGCAGUCAUGACAUCUGUUUUGCUACUCGACCUGGCGCCAUAUUUUUCACACUGGGUCAAGUCCUGCCUACCCACCGUCUUGCUUAUUCACCUCACGGCGGCCUAUUCCAGUCAACCAUAACACAAGGCAUCCGCUUGCUCUCAAAGGGACCCUUCCCGGCUGACCCUCAUUUCGCCAAAGUUGAUAUGCAGCGUUGGAGCUCUCGCAGUGUCUGUGUUGAUCCAUUCUCCGAGCUUCCUACCGCAUACACCACCACCGGAGAGGAUGCGACCAUCGCCCCGUCGGCAUACUCCUGCAACUCGCACUCGUGGAUCCAUAUAUUCCCCGAGGGGAAAAUUCACCAAACCCCGCAGAAGAUUAUGAGAUACUUUAAAUGGGGAGUGUCUCGGCUCAUUCUGGAGUCUUCGGAAUGCCCAGACGUCGUUCCAAUCUGGAUAGAAGGCACCGAUGAAGUCAUGCACGAAGACCGCAAAUUCCCUCGCUUUUUACCGCGGCCCUUCAAGUCGAUCAGCGUCACAUUUGGCAACAAAGCAGAUCGAGAAGCCAUCUUUGGCGACCUCCGGCGUAGGUGGAAACAGUUACGAGAAAAGGCAGAAAAGGCCAAUCCUGCUGUGGCCCAGCUUCCUCUGGGUGUCCUAAGUGAGGAGCUGAUGUUCGACAAAGAGGCCGUCCAGCUCCGAGAAGAAUGCACAAGAAAAGUUCGCGAGCUUGUAUUAGAAGUGCGCCGGUCUAGAGGCCUCCCCGACGAGGAUCCAAAGGCAAGCUUGGUCGACACCUGGAUCCAAGAAGGGCCGAAGAAGGAGGGGAAGAUGAAGGAUGACUCUUGGUUCUCCAUGCCCAAAAAAUAUAACAAAUACGCCUCUAUCAAACCCGCUAACACCGUCCACCCGUCGCUACAAGGGUCGUCCACUGGUCGGCAACAUGGCUCCUCGUCAGCCUCUGGGGACCGCUCGGUAAACGACCUCAUCCACCACCUACGUCGCACCCAGGUAAAUACCCCCGGGGAGGGCUCUGCGAAUACGAACACGAGCACUGCUCUUCCACGAACAUUGCAUCCGACUCUUAGGAAUAUCUUUGCCGUUCCAGAGACGCCGCCACCACGACCCCGAAACAAUGCGAGAGCGCGGUUUCGUAGGACCCCAGGUCCCCCUCCUCCGUCUAGCUGGCUCGAGAAUACUACACCGGAUGAUACAAGAACAAGGAAAAGAGAGGGUGUGUCUGUAGGCGAUAGUCAAGUGCUUCACCGUCUUGAAAGGCUGCCUGGGGUGACGUUCCCGCCGAAAGAUAGCCUACAGCACAUGCUUUUGAAGUCUAUGGCGACUAAUUGGAUGUGGCAUGUGGAUUAUGAUGGCGAAUUCUUGCUGGAGCUUCCUGAUCGCAUCAAAAUUUUACUGUUGAGCUACAUCGGCAUGUACUCGCGGGACGUUCAUCAGAAUUUCCGGGCGUAUGGACUAUACAAUCUAUUUGCGAUCUCAAACGAAGACAACAUCAGUAUGGUAAAGGACAUCACCCGUCUUGAUAUGAGCACUGCAGUGGGCUCUUGGAUCAGCGUCAAAGCCUUAAGUAGCCAGCUUCUUGUCCCCGCCCCGGCAAGAAAUUCAGCAACUAUCCAAGAAGAGAAGGUUAUUCCUGUGUCAUGGGACGAUGCUGCUGAUGUUGAACAAGACUUUGACCCGGUGCUUUUUCCAUCGUCACCAUUGUCCAAGCCGACAUCCCAUAUCCUUCGGUUUUCCAACUUGAGAUAUUUGUCGCUGGCGCAUCCAAACCCUGUAAAUGCUAAAUGGGGGUCGCUUCUCAGCAUGCUUCCCCACAUUUCUACGCUGACCCAUCUCUCUCUUGCCCACUGGCCCAUACCAACAUUUACUCCAAACGCAAUCCACACCCGCGUCCGCCAUCCUACCAUUCCGUCUCUCACAUUUGCCGCUGGUGGAACAGACACGUAUACAGCCGAUGAGAACAACUGGGUCGAAGCAGCGGGCAUUCUUCGCAAGCUUUGUCGUGCCACUUAUUGCCUCAAGUGGCUUGACCUCGAAGGCUGCGGUGAAUGGCUCGGCGCUCUAAGUUGGGAUGGUCGCGCUACGGACGGUGGACAGCCAUACGCCUCCCCAUGGCCUGAAUGGAACGGAUCGUGGCGAGAUAUCGAGUGGAUUGGCCUGGGACCGGGAUGGCUCCCUUCAUGCAAAGGCGUUGAUGAUGACAGUGCCUCGUCGGCUCUCCCACUUGGAGCAUCCAUGCACGCCAAUUUCCCACCGGGCGUCCGCCUCAUAGUCGAAGAGUCACUACCUCCACGUGCCGGCCCAGACGACCUAACAUCUAUUUUGACCGAUGACGACUUACGACAAGCCAAUCUAGCAAUUGAAAGACAGAAGCGAGUCAACGAAUGGAAAGCCUAUGAGGAUGAACUCCGCAAGGCUCGCAAAGUAGAAAAUCACGUCCAUGCCAUCAGACGCGAACGUGGCGGGAAAUGGAUUCAUUUUUCAUUUGGCGGCGACGGUGACGAGGAGAGGAAACUGUUGGAGAAGGCUUUGAGAAAUAUAGACAGGCGGUAG